AUGAGAUGUAAGCUAGUACACCAGCACAUUCCACUGCAAACGGACGCUCGUCCGUUCACACUCGCCUAUCGAUGUGCAUUUAGUGUUAAUCAUUAUCAGUGGUUGCAUUUCUUUGACCUGUGAGUGUACAUGACACAGUUUUGUCACUGCAUACAUUGCAACUUUGAUAUUUUGGUGAGCAGCUGUGAGGACAGCUGAUGUGACUAUGAAAUAAAAUGAAAUUUAGGUCCUGUCAGAUAAAUCCGGAGCAAGUGCGGUUGCUUCUAUUCAAGGAGUGCGAUUGGAGAGGCAGGAAGCUCUUGUUUGACUCUGCUGCAGUUCAGAAGAUCCCAGCUAGUAAAAAUGACAAGCCUAACGUCAGACAGUCGGAUGAAGUGCCAUGCAUUCUGGAGGUGUCCGAGGGGUUCACGUAUCUGUACAAGGGACCGGCGGCCGAUGCGAACGUACUCGGCGAGAUGAUAUUUGGAGCGGUCGCCAUGAACUACAAGAGUGUAUCGUUGAAAAUCCACAUCAUGGAUGAACCUAGAAGGUUGAUGUGCUCAAAAGUGUUCUGCGUGCCAUCGCGUCGCAUCAGCCGGGUAGAUCGUAACCCUGAACGGAGGGAAGCGAGCGGUUGCGGCGAGAGCGGUGACCGGUCCAAGCCGCUGAGUGUUCCUCUAGUGAGGGAAGAAGGAGUGUCUUUGAGCUUCUCACUUGAUAGGGGAGAUUCGGGUUACUAUGGAGAUCAUUCGCCGUACAGCAGUGUGGGUUCAACAAAUGACUAUUUCUCCAUGUGCGAUAUAUGGGACAGCAACAACCAGGAUGAUUUCUGCUCUUUUCAUCUACCACCUGGCAGAAAACUGAGUACUUCAAGUAACGGCAGUUGGCAACGAAGAACUUUCCAGAAUAUGGCCACCAGAUUUGACGUUGGACACCAAAGUAACAACCUGCUAGGAGUUCCCACCAAAACAAGCAAUGCGGCUAGUUCAGAUUCACAGUUGUACAGCAACAGCACGACAAGUGGUACAAGCGACAGCAUAGCCAGCACAGGGUCGGCGAUGAUGCAUCGGAAGAACAAACUCGGCCUAGCGUUGCUGAUCAGCGUCAACGAUUCUACGCAACUUGACGUAGUGAGGCGAUGUCUGGAACACUCGCCGCAGCUACAAGCACUGGUGUGUCGGCUGCGACUGGCGACAUUAGCGGCCGGCGCCACCGGCGGCCGAGUGUCUACGCUGUACCAAGCGGCCGAACAUGCUGCUUGCUGGUUGUCAGACCUGGUGUACGGGCCUCGCCUACAGCCGAUGUGGUUGAAUCUAGUCACGGGAGACUCGCGGGCCUCCAACAAACUCGCCGAGACCCUACUGUCCGAUCUCUGCUCCGUAUUAACUGUGGGAGACACCAAAACCACCAAUUUUUUCAUCAGCACGCUACUGACGCACGUGCUGACGUACCACCUGGGCUGGGUGGCCACCGUGAGUCCGUACGACACAAUAGACCACCAAGCGAGGCCAACUGACGCUGUAUCUAGGCCCUACAACGCGCUGUGGGCGCAACUCAACGAUCUCUGCGGCAGCAUCGGGUUCCCUCCCCGCGCUGCCCGCACCAUCAUCAGCGGACAAACCAACACACAGUUCCUGAACAGACUCCUUAUCGUCCUCACGUACUUCUUGCGCUGCGGUGACGUCAGGCGGAAUGACUUCCAAUUCCAAGACUGCAAGCUCACUGAAGCAAAAGUCGUGAGCGUAACACCCGAAGUCACCGACCUGAAGAGGACAUCCACACACGCGAUCAAACUCGCGCUGUGCGAAGCGGACAGUUUAACAGUGCCGUCGGUGAAUACUGUGAACAGUGAUAGUAGUGUCAGUACGUUAGCGGCCAGCGAGGUCAGCAUCAAGCGGUCGUCCACGCUCGCCAACUUAGGUCAAAAGCUCUCUAAUAGCUCCGACUUCGUAGUAACAGACUGUAGUUCCACCAGCGAACUGCCGGUCACGAGCCAGCUCAAGCGGAACCCAACCAUGAUGCUGUCGUUGAAGGCCUCUUCGGAUUCUAGUCUUAAUUCGUCACUUUCCGAGAAUGAGGUGGAGGAGAAGAAAGUAGUUUUUGUGUUAGGUGAUAACGACAAACUCGUGGGCCUGAAGAACAAGUCAGUAGACGGGAAAUCCGUGAAGAAGUCUUCCAAAGUCCACCAUGAACCUGUAACCCUAGAAGUACCAGAGAAGUUGACUGAACCAUGCAAGAAAGAAGGCUGUGUGCAGGACAAGCGGGCGGACAGUCCGUCGAAAUGCUGCGGGCAAACGCUUCAACAUUCCAAACCAAUCAAACAUUCCGGUUUUAAGUUCGAGUUCGAUAAGUACCCUCAGAUAGUCACUAAUUAUAUGAAGAGCAAAAACUUAGAGAUAUUAGAUAGACACUAUAUUGGGAAGCCGGGGAAUUUGAAGUUGGAUAACUUCCAGUUUGAUCCGACGAUCGUGCCGCCGAUACAGGAGGAGAGAUGUGAGACUUGUGUCAAGUGUCAGCUGCUGGAGUCGAUGUUACAGACGCCGACCAACGCCUCGGAGAUGGAGUACAUGAACGACAUGCCGCGCCAGAUCGAGCCGCAGUUCGCGAAGGAGACUAUAGUGGAAUCGUCGCCGGAGAGGGACGAGACGCCAAAGACUUUUGUGAGGCAACGGAAGGAGAACACGGUGGUUGUUAACUAUGUGAAGUCGAAGGAGGAGAGUUGUGAGUCGAAGAGGAGCGAGAGGAGGGUUAACAAGGAGAAGGCGAAGGAGAAGUUAGUGGAAGUGCAGCAAGUGUUGGAGUUGCCGGUGUGCGGGCUGCGCGGGGUGAGGCAGGCGCCGCGCGCGGGGUUCGAUGCUUCGCUGCUGGGAGGAGUCACCGAUCAUUAUGUACCUGAUUUAAUUUUACAAGGAACAAUAUCCAAACCUGCUAUGUGGGAGCCGCAGCUACGUCGCGACUUGGAUCUGACAUCACACAUCAACAAAACCACGGAGUCGCCCGUACAAGCCGUCGCUAUCAUAGGCGACAUUAACACUUGGGAAGUACGCGUGGUAGGCAGAGACUGCGGUUCGGGCGGCAUGUCGUCACUGGUGGGCGCCAUGUUGGAUACCCUGCCCGCCAUGUGGAAGGCCAGGGUGCCUGCGCAACAGUGCCUAUCAUUCCUGGAAGGCAAGCUGCGCGAAUUCUGCGUGCUAUCAAAAACGUUAGCCGACAUGCUCAUGUCUACAGACUUCUGCGAUAUCGCCACUUUAACCAAAUCUCUGAACAUCGACGUGAAUGACGUUCCAUUAUUACUAGCUGUGGCCACUACCCAUACGCCGCAAGUUGCUACAAGAUACGGACUUAGUUAUGGAUAACGGUAAAUGUAGCGUGGGUUAUCCACGGUAAGGUUUGUCCGAUUAAACACCCUAAAUUACGUAAUAUUGGCAUACAUUGCGACACUACCAAUAAGGAAGACUUGUAACGGCAAUGUAUGUAAUACUCUUUUGUAGGUAUUUCAAACAUUCAACUGUUUUCUACGUAAUUAGGGUACCACCAUGAGUCCACACAAAGGACUUUUGUGAACAGAAAAAUAUGGCAAUGAUAUCCGAAAAAGUCAUGUAUCAAAGCCGAAUUUUGUAUUAUAUUUUUACCGCCAAGAUUAAUAGAGAAGUUAUCCGCCUAAGACCUAAGAGUUUAAAAAGCUUGGAUUUUUAGAUCUUUUGUUGUGAAAUUUCAUGUCAGCGUUUGUGAUUGGUUGUUAGAAAUGACCUUCGUAAUAAAUUGACGUGAGAUUUGACAGUAAAAGUGCAAUUUCGCACGUUACUAAGCCUAUAUCGCUAUGUAGAAAAUCAACACUUAAAUUAAUCACAACUUUUUCUACUCUAAAUGUUAGGUCUCUUCACCUUGCUAAGGUUUAUACCUUUCGGCAGCUUAAAACUUUCUUAUAUUUUCUUCUGCGUAAUUUAUAUGAAAUUACCCUAUUUCGACACUGUUAUUAAUCACGUCAUUUUUUAAAUGGCGCUUCGGAAACAAAGUUCGACACUACGUAUCGACCUUUGGUUGGCAUUCCAUUGACGUGUUACGUAGUUCAGUAGUAAAUGUAUGGGAUGCCAUCGUCGCGUCCAAUGUCUGUCGAAGACAUGUGUAAGUGUUCAUGACGUCAUUCUAACAUCAAUGGAAUGACACUAUAGUAUUUGAAGUGUCAAGACACGUUUUGCCUCUUCCUGUUACGUCACACUUUUUAAAAUAAUGUAUUCGUAAUUAGUGUCGAAAUGCGCAUACGAAGAUGUCAGACGGAAUUAAAAGUUCGGUCUUCUAUAUGUAACUACACUUUGAUUACCCAAAAUAUUUAUGAGGAUCGUCUUAAUUCCUUAAGGUAUGAUUGACAUUCACAUAAUUUAAGAUCCGAUAUAGUUAAAAAGGAUCUAAAAUGUAGCUCAAGAUUCCCUUCGCUUCUAGUAGCUAUGGUACAAUAUUUCUUCUUACAAUUGUUAUAAAUGUCUAUCAUAUAAUGGUAUAGCUUUAUGGGAAUGCAAGGAAUUGUCGCAAAGCGGAAUUUUAGCGACCCGCGCAGUAUUGGCAUAUAAAUGUAUGUGUAGCGAUCAUUCAUAAUACACGUAAAAGUAUUUACUUGAUUGUAUAUAGGUAUAAUUUUAGAAAAUAUCGUUAAAAUGCAUAAUGAUCAUUAAUAUUAUUAAAUUAUUGAAAACUUGCCAUAAUGUUACAACAGUAUAACAACGUAAAAUAAUACACUUACAAGUUAAACUUUAGAAUACAAAUUUUUGCAGGAGCUUUGCGCGGGAAUCUGUGAUUUAUUUAAUUUUAUAUUAUAUCGUAUAAUUUAUAUUUUUAUAUCUUGCGGUCAAAGUCUACUAUUCGUGCAAUGUGGGCGUCGCCCGGUCAAUGCCAGCGAGCAUACUAAAUUAUAAUUGCUUUAUAAAAAUGUGUCAAUAUUGCAUGAAGAGUAGACUUUGCCCGCCACAUGUACAGUAUCUAUUUUAAUUGUGAUAAAUCGUGAAAUAAUAUUGGAAUGGUUAUUGUGAUUUGAAAUCAGUUCAGGUUUUUUAAAGGCCUACAUAUAAUUGUGAUAGUCAAUUAAAUUUUGUAAAUUAAUUUAUACAUUGAAAGCUCAAAAGCUGUCAAGAUAUUUUACCUAUAUAUUUUGUUUGUAUGCUGCGUUGUCGAUGCACAAUAUUCAGUAAUCACGUAGAAGUAGAAUCUUAACAGCAUUCGGCAUCUAGGCAGUUUGGAGCAGCUAAAUAAAAUAUAUUUACUGCCACUGUAUUAAACUUUUUAACGUUAGAAAUUGUACGGAGCUAUGUGUAAUGUUAGUUAAUGUUCUGCUACUGUGAAGUUGCCGGUACAAAGGGACUUCGAUAAACUGAACAAAUAAUAAUCAAGACUAAAUAUGUAAACUGAUUCUAAUAGCUUUGAUUCUGUAGUGCACCGUUUAGAUAUUGUGCAAUUUGAAAAAAAUGUGUACCACAAAAUAGAGAGACCGAAAUAACGACAAAUAAUGACUAAUUUAAAAAAUACGGCUAAUGUUUAUUCUCCCAUUUGUAUCAUAGUCGGUGCACUAUAGAAUAAACGUAUUCUUCACAAAAUAUAAUACUCAUCGAUUUUACUAUCUACCGAAUUUGUCAUACACGAAAUUUUUGGAUGCGUUAACAUUCCAUUGCGUGCUUUUUAUAGUAGUUCGUACUUUCGUAGAAAUAGCGUGAUGGAGUAGUUGCAGUUUCGUGCUUGGCGAAUUUUUGACUAAAGGCCAAAACACACGAAGCAAUGUAAUCAACGAAGAUAAUUAUUAUUACUAGCUUGUACUACAAAUUGUAUUAAAUACAUAAUAAUAUUGUAUAAAAUUUUGAGUAUUUUCUUCAUACUUUCUUUCGUGUGUUAACGUCUUUAUCUAUUACAAAUGUAUCCUUCAAUUUCGUCUUUUAAAACUUGUACUAGUGUUCGUUAUAAAAUAGGGGACACGAAAAGAUGCUUGUAACGUAUAACGUUGUUCCUUUUUAAUCAAUAUUUGUUCAAUUACUUUUGGUUCCUCAAGCGUUCCACGGCUAAAAUCUUUAAAAAAAUAUAACCUUAAAAAGUUCAAUAUCUAAUUAAGAAAAGAAAUAUAUGAAUCUGUGCAAUACCUGUAUAAACACAAAGUUUCAUGCAUAUCUGUUAUACCUACUGUACCUACAAUUACCUGAGAAAGUCUCAGUACCUAAGUACCUUGUCUGUUUUCGUGAGGGUGAUAUGUGUAGUUAUUUUAUAAGUUCUCAUUUUUUAAAUAAUGAGUAAUACUUUUUUAUACUUUAAUCUGAUAAUAAAUUAUUUUUUUCAUAUUGAAAA